AUAUGGGCUCUCUCCUAGUCAGCUCGAUGGCCUCUUUUUUGCAGCAUGAUUGACCGCCGUCAUACAGCCCUCUUAACUCACUGUAAAUCAAAGAAAAUCAAUUCAUAAUGGCGGAAACAAAUCUCACCUAAUCUCCGCGACCACGUCUCUGCACUCAGACCACCAAACCAGACCGUCCCUCAGUACAGGCUGUUUAAAAGCAUACUUAGAAGCACAAUAUUAGCAUCGUUCAAUUAUGUACAGAUACUCAAACAACAUCCUAAUCCAAUAAGUCUUUAAGCUAAUCAGUAGAUAAUACUGAGUUUGACGGUUACCCGAGCUUCGAUGUUAGCUCAGGUAAACAAAACGGAUACAAUGGUUUGUUUAUAAAUGCAGCUUUCUGUUACCAGCUGUCCAGCAUGAAGCACAGAUACUUUACACAGCGCCGCAUCUGAACCAUAUCGUUAUUUACGGGAAGCCGUGACCCUCGGUCUUUUGGUAGAGAACAAAAAAGUUUAUUUUUAUGUGGCCCUACUCGUAGGCGCAACCCACAAUACAAACCACGAUCGCCUGGGCUACCCGUAUGACUUUACUUACAUUUAAUAUUUAGUAUACAGCUGCUGAAAGACAAGAUAAAUUUUUCGCUGACCUCGGAGACGACCUUUUCCCUAUUUAAUAAGUUGCUUUUCUUAUUUCCGAGGAUAUUAUGUAAAUCUCAAGUAACUUUUUCUGCAGGAAAGUAUAAAAUACUAUACUCCACGACUGAUGAAUCGUGUCUAUGUUUAAGACUUGAAGACAUCUUUCCACCAGGAUUGUUACCGGACACCUAAUGUACCCGACUGCAAGGAAUAUUUAAAAUAUUAUACUCGUAUAUUCCUGUCAGCCUGUAAUAUAGCUAUAAACUUAAACUAUGCAGUAUGUGGCUGUUUUUGUAUUGAGACAACUUGUGGAAUUUUUCAUGACGUCGGAGGUAGCUUCGUAAAUUUUCGAAAUAUCUUUGAAACUGCGCAAACGCCUUUACUGAUAUAAUUCUGCAUUGUGUAUAUUGUUCCUAUUUUUAAUGAAAAUAUCUUCGGAUUCCCUUGUUCUAGGAGUUAAGAUUCAAUAUUGUAUUUUUUUAAGAUCCCGAUAGGAUUUACCUAAUAAUAGCAGCCGAAAAAUUUCUACCGACGAAUCAAACUCGGUCCCAUGACAAUCAUACUACGUAGGAUUGCAGGUAGUAAAAGGGAGGUAAAAUUAUAACAUUAAUACUUCAAAUAUAUGUAUCAAUAACAUAAUUCAAAUUCAUAACCUUCAUAAAUAAGUAAAUUAUAGGACACGUUAAGUCGUAUACACUGGAUGACCACAUAAACUGUGAAUAAAGAUAUAUUUUAUAAAAGAUAUAUUUGGAGACUGAGAAUUUACAAGUGGGAAAGACUAGCUGCAUUCAAUUAACUUUAAUUCGUUCUUCUUCUUAUUUUUAUGUUUUAUUUAGUAUCAAUCUCUCACAGGAUAUAUGCGAGAAGAACCUAUUGCAUCUGCUUUUUGUUCUGUGUGGAUGAUGACUAAACGUCAUUACUCCCUAGACGACUUGGUAGUUGUUUGCUUAUUACCAAAAAAUAAGAAAUAACAACAAUAAUAAUAUGUAAUUAAUUACGUUUUGGUGGCAGCAAAGGAUGCAAGAAAAAUCUGUUUUACAAAAUUAUAUUCAAGUUACAAUUAAGACUGACAACUAACUACAUUCAUAAAAGAUGUCUGUAAGUCAGCGGUUGACUUUAGACUGAAUUUGAUAUUAACACCAUUGAUGUACUAUAAGAUCAUUCCUCGGCUAUGCUUACCUAACAAAUUCGUUUUAUUGUAAUUUUAAAUGGAUUUAUAUAAUUAUAUUUACUGUUCAAGAUUUUUACAACUUAUUAUAGUGUGAAAUGAGUUCUAUAAUUCUUUAUUGACUGUGUCGGAUUCAUCCAUUUGGCUAGGAAAAAUAUUUUUUGACAAUUAAGAUUAUAAUAAUUUACUAUCGAAAUUUCAUAGAGAGUGGACCUUAUUAUCUUGAAAAUCGAUACCCACUUUAAAAAAUACGAGUGGUAAGUACAUACACCGUGAAUGUCACUGUCACUGUCAGAAUUGAUUAUUAUACUCUGUGUUUUUAUUCAUAAAAAUAUUUUAUAACAACUGUUUGUUUCGGUCGAGAUUUGAGAUUCUAACUUUAAUAUUGUAAUAUAAUGUUAGCUUUGUAACGUAUUUAUUAUAACAGUAUAAUUUAGAUUAAGUUAUAAAUAAAAGGUUUAGGAAGACUUGUCAACAUGUCCAAGUGGCAAUCGGAAAGAAGUAUUCAUGAAAUGUUGAAGGAUACUCCUCCACUUCGAGAAUCCAGCGAUUCAAUAACGUCUGGUACCGAAGCGAAGUUUCCAACGUCAAGAUCAAUGCCGUUUCCACCGGCUUAUGCUCCACCAGAUGUGUCACAAAACGGUGCAGGGUCGAGUACACUGCUACGCGCCGGCUCUACUAAGAUAGAGUCCAUUAAGAACUGGAGUGUUUCUACAUACAAGUGUACCAAACAGCUGCUCUAUGAGAAACUGGGAAAGAGUUCACGCACCGUGGACACUGAGCUGGAGGCUCAAAUUGAAAUGCUCCGUGAGACACAACGCAAGUAUGCAGGUGUUCUACGGUUAAGUGCCGCCCUUGCAGCCCAGCUGGGCGCGGCCGCGGCCACCCAGCGUGCCUUAGGGGAAGCCUUUGCAGAUCUAGCUCAAAAGUCACCAGAACUACAGAAUCAGUUCCUCUAUAACGCUGAUACUCAGCGCUCUCUAACUCGGAAUGGUGAGACUCUCCUAGCAGCGCUGCACUUCUUUAACAAUUCUCUCAAUACACUGACCAACAAGACUAUGGAAGACACACUACUCACAAUAAGACAAUAUGAAGCUGCCAGGGUAGAGUACGAUGCGUACCGUAGUGAGUUGGAGGCAAGCGGCGGCAACCCGCCCGAGCUGCUGCUGGCCAGCAUCGAACGACAUCGGCGGCACUACGAGAGACUCAGAGACGACUCCGCUGUUAAGUUACAGCUGCUGCACGAGAACCGGGUAAAGGUGAUGAAUAAGCAGCUUCUCCUCUUCCACAACGCGGUGUCGGCGUACUUCAGCGGUAACAACGUGGCGUUGGAGGCUGCCGUCAAACAUUUUAGUGUGCCGGGUGUUCCCCAACACGUGACUCACCCGCCAGCACUGGCACCCCAUCCUCCUCCUCUGUCGUCACACCCUCCCGCUCUGCCGCCACACUCGCCGGCCGCCGCAACCACUACCAGAACCACCUAGGACUUCUAUAUAACACCAUACAUGAAAAGCCACAACUGAUAUUUAUAAGACAAAAUUUCAAAUUAUGAAUGUUAAAUAUCAGCCUGACAAUCCAUUCGUUUUUAUAAUUUUGUGAGUAGUUUCGUAACCAUAUUCAGUGAGGCACAAAAAGUGAUGGGGAACCAGGACAAAGAUAAGUAUUACUUUUAUAUUUUCAUUUUAUUUUCGAUAAUAUUCGAUGUUAGAUCUCUGUGAAGAAAAUUAUCUCAUAUAGUAAAAAAUAGUGUUAAUUAUAAUGAGCUUCAUUUAUAGUAUUAUAACCACAUUCCAUUUAUAACUAUUAAAUGGACACUUUAUUUAUUUAACAAAUUAUAUAAAUUUAUUAGACAAUUACGUGACUGCCCUUUGAUGUAAAUACUUCUUAAAUAUUAUUUUAGGUUAGUAGGUUUAUUUUCUAUUUAAUUCAGUAUAUGUAUCUUUAGAAGUAUAUAUAAAUCAUAAAUUACAUCAAAAUCCAAUACUACUAGUGUAUUUCUAUCUUUGAUGGUAAUUUUAUUUCAUUUUUCAAUUAAACAAAAGGUUUUAUAAUCCAAUUGUGUAUAGUAUGUACAUGUACAGAGCCGUAGCAUUUUAUUUUCUUAUUAAUACACCCUUCAAAAUAGUGGUGAUACAAGACUGUCUAUAUAAACAACUACCACUGACAGUGAGAUUCUUGUAGCCUAAAACUUAAUAAUAAAAAGGAUGUUGUCUUCUAGUCAAAUUGCAUCAACUGUCAACACCUUUUAUAUUUUAUUAAAACACGACACAGUAGUCACACAGGCAUGACCUCUGAAUAUCUUUAGUGUAUGUAUUUUGUAUCUAUUUAAAGAGUUUGUCAUUCCAAUUGUAUGUUUGGAAGUCCCCUUUAAAGAUGAUAUUUUUAUAAUUCCAGUAGUUGUAAAAUUUUAUCCUUCCAGAGCUUUCUUACCAUCAUCAUAUUCAUAGUAAUCGGGAUGUUUCAAUAAAUACAGUUUUAGCUAGCUGUAUGUUUGUGUAUGGAAAAUGUUUCAUUAAAUGUUAUUUGUGUUCACUUAAACUAAUCAAGCUUGAGCAAAAGAUGUCUCAUGGAAUGGAAGACAAAUGUCUUUAUGUACUUAAUAAGAGGAAAUGGUUUUAAUAGAGUGAUCAAAUUAUAAUAAAAAUAAUCUAAAUAUUGUAAAUCUUUUUAUGUAUAAGAAUUGACAAUAUGUACACCCUGUUCCUGUACCUGCUGUUUGAAUGUUAGUGUAGGGAUGGUUUCCAUGACUAGUCAAACUGCAUUUCUAUUUAAUGCUUCUUUGUUGUAUUUUAAUUAAUACUCGGUCUAGUAACCAGUUUAUUGUAUAACUCUGCACCAAAGACUAGCUAGCGCUUUUUGGCAGUGUGUGUAAUGGUAUAAUAUUAAAUAAAGUAUUAUUCAUGAAA